ACUUUAGCAGUAAACACCUCCCUUAGAGUAUUUAACCUAAGCCGGGUAUCACUCCCGCCAUUUUUGCUUAAAGAGAGUACAGGUCGGAGGAUGAGCCGCCUGAACGGUAAACACCUGAAAACGGAAGGUUCCAUUUCCGAAUUCAUUUUAUAGCUCAAAUACAUUUUUACUAUCGGCGUAUUUGAAUCCAGAUUCUUUCGUAACGGUCCUUGUGAAUUUGUUCAAUUUGUUCGCUGCCCUAAAAGACGUGUUUGCAUUUCUAGUAUUUGUUCAGUCAUCACCUCCGUUCUUUCUGUUUUCGUGUUUCUGUGAAUUAGGUCACAUGGAUUGGUGGGAAGGUGUUGAUGAAACCCGUAUUCUUAUUGCGCCAGGUCCUUCUAAGGUCGGGGAUGAUCCAGGGAAACUUUUAUCUCUUCGGCAUCCUAAAUCUGGAGAUGCAACAUGCUACCUCUUUGUUAACAGAACUCUUCAAGAAGUUCAUUGGUUCAAGCAAUCUUUUGGCUCUUGGUUCCUUGGUGAUUAUGUGUGUGAAGAUGGGAGCCUGUAUACUGCUACUCCUAUAGAUCCUGUCUUUGUUUUGUUGCCCCUUUUUGAAGAAGCACGGAUGACGAAGGCAAAUAAAGAUGAUCCGGGAAUGUUUAGGCAGUUGGAUGAAAUUAUUUAUGUCAGUGAUUAUCCGGAGUAUCAGUAUCUUUCAUCCAUUGCUGAGAAAUCGAUGCAAGUAGUUUGUGAUUUUAAAGAAAUGGGAUCAAUGAAGUUUUAUAGGCUUAACAACGAAAAGGUUUUAAAAUGGAUGUGUUUUAAGGUAGAAGAACUAAGGAAGACCUUGGUGACUUUGGAUAAGAACUUUGCUGCUAGGGAUAAGAAAGAUACAUUGAUUGAUACAGUUUCAAUUGUUGGAGAAUACUUGAAGGAAGAACCUUGGUUAAAGCUCCUUUGCUGUAAAUUAAGGAUAGACCUGAACAAGGAAACAAAAGCAUUGGGUGCUGAGAGCAUUUCAUCAUCCAUAGGAAAUCUUUUUGACCAGGGAAGGAAUGGAAAUGAUGGUAAACCCACUGAAACAAGACGACAAGCCAAUAAGAAGGCCAAACUGGAGACAAACUCCCAUAAUAUCAAGGACAUGUUUAGUAGGGCUACAAGGAAAAAAAAGUGAACUGGACAAGCCAACCAAAGAGAUUGAAGAAAGCAUUCUUGAGCGGGAGUUCAAGAAUAUAUUAAAGCCUUGAAACAAAGUUUCCCUGUUUAAAUGGAAUAUUGCAUCACCCGCUAUUUCUGCAAACCGCUCUGUACAAGAAAACAUUAUUUCACAUGAGUUAAUUAAUGUAUUACUAGUCCAAACUGGCAUCGAUUGAUUGGGCUAAGCCACCAGUGUAUUGUGCUUGCAGUGAGUAGUGAAUAAUUUUGUUACUUUUGUAAUGG